AUGGGUCACAGCACUACUAACAACAUGAUAUGGUCUACAAGUACUGCAAUCUGCAAACACCUAUCUGGUCUUGUAGAGCUACCAAACCCAAAAGCAGCAUGGAGGCAGAAAUGUCAGGACUUCAGCAUGAACUGUCAAUUUCCCGACUGUAUAGGAGCUAUGGACGGCAAACAGGUAAAUAUUGUUAAGCCGAAGAAGUCCGGAUCAGUGUUUUUCAAUUACAAGAAGGCACACGGCAUCGUAUUGUUUGCAGUCGUAGAUGCCAGGUACAAGUUUAUGUACGUCGAUGCAAGUGCCUCGGGCUCUUCAAGUGAUGGUGGUAUCUGGUCUGGUACACCUCUACAAACUCUGUUGACAACUGGUAAACUGGGGCUACUAAAACCAAUACAGCUACCAAACAGCUCUUUGCUGCUAUCACCAGUGUUUCUUGGUUACAACGCUUUCCCUCUCAUUGAGAACAUAAUGAAGCCUUACCCGGGAAGCCAUCUCUGCCCCGAAGAUGAUGCAUUUAAUGAGCGACUUUCACGGGCCAGAAAUGUAGUAGAGAGUGCAUUCGAUACAGUUCAAACCGCUUCGGUACCUACCACACUACAAUUUACGCGGAGCCAAGACAUGUCAAACUACUACUACUGCGCAGCACCGCCGCCACCAGGGGAACGGAAGUGA